AAAGCUGGGCCCAGUGCCAAAAAAGAGCUACAUCCAUGGGAAAACUUUUCAUUCAUCUCCAAUUAUUUGGACUCUUUCAAUAGAUCACGCUUGUUUCACUCUUUUACCCCAUCUUGAUCGUUGAGCGAUGACCGAGGAGCUUGCGUUCAUCGGUAUCGAUGAGAUUCCGCAGAGCGACAGCUACAGGGUUCUGAAGGAUCUGUUUGCCGGUACCAUUGGUGGUAUUGCACAGGUUUUAGUUGGCCAGCCCUUUGAUACCACCAAGGUCCGAUUGCAGUCGGACGCCAGUGGCAAGUACAACGGUCCAUUGGACGUUGUGAAGAAGCUGGUCAAAGAGGAAGGUCCGAGGGCCUUUUACAAAGGGACCUUGACUCCGCUGGUUGGGGUAGGUGCCUGUGUGUCGAUCCAAUUCGCAGUCAACGAGUACAUGAAGAGAUCUGUCUUUGACAUAAACAAGGGGUUGACGGGCCCACAGUACUACACAUCAGGAGUGGUUGCAGGUGUUGCAAACUCGAUACUGGCCAGUCCAAUUGAACAUGUGAGAUCGAGAUUACAGACUCAAAUCGCCGGUUCUUUGGGUCCUUUACAGAUGAUCAAAAAGAUAUACAGCACGGCUGGGUUUACACAUGGUAUCAUGAAGGGAUUCCUACCAACAGCUAUUAGAGAAGGUCAUGGCAUGGGUAUGUACUUCUUGACGUUUGAAUACCUCGUGAAGAGAGAUAUCACCAGAAACAGCAUUGAGAGGAAGGAGGUUCCAGGAUUGAGGCUCUGUUUAUACGGUGCAAUGUCAGGAUACGCGAUGUGGCUCUCCGUGUACCCAAUAGAUUUCAUCAAGUCAAGAAUCCAGACAGAUAGCCUUGAAACUCCAAAGUACAAGGGAAUCAAGGACGUUGUUAGAACGGUCUUCAAGGAACAGGGUGUCAAGGGUUUCUUCAAAGGGUUCGUACCAACAAUCCUUAGAGCUGCACCAGCUAAUGCAGCAACUUUCUACGCAUUUGAAAUCACAAUUAGAGCUUUGGCUUAG